UAUGGGGCUCCAAUAAAUGUAGUGUGCUACGUUAGGAGCGGGUUUGGUUAUUAGCAAUAAUUAAUAAUUAUCAAAGAUAAUUAUUAAUUAUUAAAAUCAAGAGAACAUUGAUGAGAAUCAAUGUUAGCUUUUAAAAAUCCUUUAAAUCAACAAUUAUCAAAGAUAAUCGUUAACUGUUAACAUCGAUGAAACAUUAAUUAAAAUUAACACUAGCUUAUUGAUCAUUCAAAUUCAACAAUCAUCAAAGAUAAUUAUCAAUUAUCAAAAAUCAAUAGAAUAUUAAUUAGGAUUAACAUUGACGGGGCACCACCCUGAAAUCAGGGACUAAUAACCAAAUAGUAAAACAGUCUCAAUAUUAGAUUGUUUUAUUAGGAAAAUCGACAUCCGAAGAAUAUUGAUUUUCGGGAAAAAAACAAUGAAUGAAGGUUUGAAUCCGAGCACUGACAUCCCGUCAGCAUGACACAGGCGUAUGCAAAACAAACCAAAACACUUCUCUUUGUAAUAUAAACAAAGUUUAUUUAUGCAGUAAUAUCAAUUAAUAAUUAAUACAAUGCGGUCAAUAAACUUCCGACUUACAACUACAAACUAAACGGUGAUAUGAUUAGAUAUGGAAAUAAAAAUAAUCCUAUAACACAUAAGGUGUGUGUGUGUGUGUGUGUGGGUGUGUGGUUAGUAUGAGAGAGAGAGAGAGAGAAUUAAGUGACAGCCCUAAAGCCGAUUUCGCGAUAGUGGGAGAGAAAGCAGCUGUUAGUUUAUCACUCAGAGACGCGGUGGACGGCUCGUAAAAGUCCCGCGUUAUUUGACUCUUUAAUGGAUGAACUCAGUUGCUGUCUUACCCGCGAUGCGAAAUUGCACAAUAAUCCAAUUUGGUUGGACCACAAUACAGCAACACAAUUUCGUGAUAAUUAAUACCCUGAGUAUUAAUAAUGAGCGGACAUGGCGGUCCGUAAACUGUACAAGCAAAAAACCUUGAAACACAAGAAUAACACACUAUAAUAUUCUAUCACUGCCCAGACGUAAACCUCUUACUUGAAUCGCAUGAGGACACAGGUACAAUGUGUUUUCCUCCGUCCUUUAACUCCGACCCGGUUCCUUGAGGCUCGGGUGAUGAUGGGAGGCCGUUUCCUCGCUCUCUCGGCGGGCGGUACGGCUGUUGAUUCUCGGCGGGCUGGCGGAGAACUCAGAAAUGUCGACUUGAUUGAAGAUGGAAGAGAAAUCUUUAAUCUCUUCACUUCUGUAGGCAAACGGAUGAAGAUGUGAAUUGCUCGGUGGUCUCCUUCGGAUCCGUUAGAGUGUUCGGUUGAACACAGAGUAAUCUCAACUCGCCCAGCGAGAUGGAGAUUGUAUGGCCACAGUUUCAAGUCAGACGUUACUUCCUUGUGCCACGAGGUUGCACCUGAGAGCAACGAUAAUCUAUGUCCAUACUCGGUGAACAAAGUUGCUGGAAGCAAAUCCCGGAAGCAUUCCGAGGUAUUUCAACUCCUGAUGAUGUCAUGUUUGAGGGACGUUCUGUUGUGUGCCUCAUCCAAUAGGAGUUGAGAGUUCGAUCCUUUAGUGAGAAAGGCUUCAUGGGAUUUGUAGUCUGUUUUGGACUCCCUUUGUUUGAUUUUGGCGCGAUUUUUAUCAGUAUAAUUUACGACUUGGAAUGUGGGGGCUUGAGUUAGGUUUUUACGACUGUGUUAGGCCUGCCUUUGUCUUCUAUCUGAAUACAUGAGGCCCAACAACAUUUUAUUUCAAACAACAUUUAGUAUGUUUAUUAAUUAAUUUUCCUUGUGGGGACCAUGGCAUGCAAUACACUGCAAAAAUAAUUUAAUUGCCAGUAUUUUUGUUUAUUCUUGUUUUCCAGUAAGAAUAUGUAAACAUCCUUAAAAGAGACAACCUUAUCAAUCAAAAUAACAUAAUAAGACUUGUUUUCAUCUUCUUAUCUGAAUUAUGUUUAAGUUCAAGGUUUAUUCAAGCAUAAACCAUAAAAAGAUAUUAGGCUUAAAACAAGAAAAAAUUGCAGAUGGGGUAAGAAAUAUAAUUUAUUUCAAGAUUACAGUAAGAUCUUAUGCAAUUUUGCUCCUCAAGUACAUUUAUCUUGAAGUAUUUUAUCUAUAAAACUAAAACAAAAAUACUGAUUAAGAGAAAGAUUUUUUUGCAGUGCAUUUUUUAGAUGCACUUGCUGAUGUCCCAACAUUGUCUCAUGAGAUGACAAGAUCGAAAAUAUCAUACAAUUUGGCUUUCAGUCCAACAAAUCAUAUAUGCUUCCUUUGUCUCAUUCCAAACUAUAAUAUUUUGUUUCUUCCAUGGUACACAAGUUAUUUUACUUUUAAAAGCAUGGCAGGGUUUAGAAUUUAUGGUUAGGUUAAGGUUUGGGGUUUGGGGUUUGGGUUAGGGGUUAAACUUAGGAAAAAUCUUAAGAACGCUCGUUCAAAACCCUAAUAUUUCUCUUUCUUCAGUGGUACAAUUAAAAUAAUGGUUGUGUUUACGGUUUGGGCAAGGGGUUAGACUUAAUUAUUAGGUUUAGGUCUGAGUUAGGGGUUAUACUUAGGAAAAAUCGUAAUAAUGUAACUGGUCUUGCUCGACCCGCUCCGAGCGGGAUUUGAAUCAGCGUCAGCCGGCAUGGGAGGCGGGAGUUCUAACGAGGAGACUAAAGUCUACAGCCCCUAGCAUUAGUCGCUAGAGCACCUCUUGAGGCCAGGGGAUUGAGGUUUACACAUACCGCACAGCUAACACGUAAAAGCUGGCUCCCGUUACAAUAACAUCUCUCGCUGGUUAGUUUAUUUUUCUUUAUGGAGUAAAAGUCAUAUGUUUUCACAAACCCCAUUCACACUGUAAGCGACUUGCAGCCACAAAGCGACAGGAAACCAUUUAUUUUCAAUGAGAGCUGGCGACAGAAUGAGGGUGUGUCAAGAGACGCAACAAAGUUGGAAAAAGUUUAACUUUAUGCAAAUGCAGAAUGAUAUUGUGCAGUAACUACCAAUAGGAGUGAAAUUCAUGCCAUCUGUACCAUGUGAGAUACUGGUGUCGAGUUCAGGCAAGACAGAGAAGUUAAUCAUUGAUUUCACUGUUCUUUGUAAUUUGUCUGUAACCAUAUACAUCGAUAUAGUAAAACAAAAUAUGUGUGGGAAACCCUGUCAGAAAAUGAGUUUGUUUCAUCUAUUGACAUAUACUGAAUAUAUAUUGUUGUAUAUAUACAGUACUGUAUCGUACUGUAUAUAUACACUAUAUUGCCAAAAGUAUUCGCUCACCCAUCCAAAUAAUUGAAUUCAGGUGUUCCAAUCACUUCCAUGGCCACAGGUGUAUAAAAUGAAGCACCUAGGCAUGCAGACUGCUUCUACAAACAUUUGUGAAAGAAUGGGCCGCUCUCAGGAGCUCAGUGAAUUCCAGCGUGGCACUGUGAUAGGAUGCCACCUGUGCAACAAGUCCAGUCGUGAAAUUUCCUCGCUACUAAAUAUUCCACAGUCAACUGUCAGUGGUAUUAUAACAAAGUGGAAGCGAUUGGGAAUGACAGCAACUCAGCCACGAAGUGGUAGGCCACAUAAAAUGACAGAGCGGGGUCUGCGGAUGCUGAGGCGCAUAGUGCGCAGAGGUCGCCAAUUUUCUGCAGAGUCAAUCGCUACAGACCUCCAAAGUUCAUGUGGCCUUCAGAUUAGCUCAAGAACAGUGCGUAGAGAGCUUCAUGGAAUGGGUUUCCAUGGCCGAGCAGCUGCAUCCAAGCCAUACAUCACCAAGUGCAAUGCAAAGCGUCGGAUGCAGUGGUGUAAAGCACGCCGCCACUGGUCUCUAGAGCAGUGGAGACGCGUUCUCUGGAGUGACGAAUCACGCUUCUCCAUCUGGCAAUCUGAUGGACGAGUCUGGGUUUGGCGGUUGCCAGGAGAAUGUACUUGUCUGACUGCAUUGUGCCAACUGUGAAGUUUGGUGGAGGGGGGAUUAUGGUGUGGGGUUGUUUUUCAGGAGCUGAGCUUGGCCCCUUAGUUCCAGUGAAAGGAACUCUGAAUGCUUCAGCAUACCAAGAGAUUUUGGACAAUUCCAUGCUCCCAACUUUGUGGGAACAGUUUGGGGAUGGCCCCUUCCUGUUCCAACAUGACUGCGCACCAGUGCACAAAGCAAGGUCCAUAAAGACAUGGAUGAGUGAGUUUGGUGUGGAAGAACUUGACUGGCCUGCACAGAGUCCUGACCCCAACCUGAUAGAGCACCUUUGGGAUGAAUUAGAGUGAAGACUGUGAGCCAGGCCUUCUCGUCCAACAUCAGUGUCUGACCUCACAAAUACGCUUCUGGAAGAAUGGUCAAAAAUUCCCAUAAACACACUCCUAAACCUUGUGGAAAGCCUUCCCAGAAGAGUUGAAGCUGUUAUAGCUGCAAAGGGUGGGCCGACGUCAUAUUAAACCCUAUGGAUUAAGAAUGGGAUGUCACUUAAGUUCAUAUGCGUCUAAAGGCAGAUGAGCGAAUACUUUUGGCAAUAUAGUGUAUCUAUUUCAUGAUAUGAUACAUUGAGCACUGUUGCAGUUUAUAUAAAAAACACCUUCCCAUCCAGGAUGCUAAUUUUUAGUGGUAAGUAAACUGAUUCCUUGUCAAAUUGGAUGAUUUACCAGAAAUUAUCAGCAUUUGUGAGUGAGUUUGCUUCAGACAUUGAUAGCUCUUUUCAUGAUAUGAUGCACUGAGCAUGGCUGCUUUUUCUGUAAAAACACUCUCCCCUGUAGAAUGUAAAUUAUUAGAGGUUACGAUAUCUUAGUUUUACAGGCAAUAUCUCAUCUGUGAUCUGAUUUUCUAAAGCUAUGGCCAGUUGUGCAUCCGAUUAAUAACGUUAUAGCAAGUAAGAGACUAUAGCUGUAUAACAGGGCUGUAUGAUUGAUCUUGUACUAUUGUUACGACUUGUCAUGGACAAGUUGGGUAUCCAGCUAGAUUCACACUGAAAAAUGCUGCACUGCAACAAUAACAUCUUUCGAAACAAUAUGCAAAGUUCUACGAUGUUGCCAAAAUGUCUGCUGCAUAUUUCUUUAGAAAGCUAAUUCACAAGCUAAGCUUUUCUCACUAUGCCCUCACUACUACCUAAUCCACAUGUGUAUAAGUGUGUGUCAGGAACUAGAGAUUUUGAGAAUGGGGAUUAGAGUGUCGUACAGCUUUCAAGGGAUACAGAUGUUUUGUUGCAAUCAUACCGUGUAGCAUCAUACAAUAUCUUCAAGUGUAUUUCAGUGCAUUGGGACAAACCUGGGCUUAAUGAAAAUGUGACGAGGAGGAGGGUGGCCCGGGCCAUGAGUGCACACGGCCGGCCCCCAAUCGGGCUAAUCAGCCGAGGAGAGGGAUAAAGCCGAGCUGGAUGCGGCAGUUUGAGAGAGAGAGAGCCACAUGCACUGCCGUGUGUGUUUAUGUUUGUGUCUUUUUACGGUUUCAUUAAACAUUAUUUUGACUGUUCAGCCGGUUCCCACCUCCUCCUCGCCCAUUUUAAAACCUGUUACAUUGGUGCCAAAACACGGGAUGGAGGAGGGAUGCGCUGUCGUGGAGUCCUCGCCACCACCGUCCACCGAAAGGAGCAGCCGCGGCCGUCCGCUGGGGGAUGGAGGAGUCACUACCAGCCGCCAGAACGUGGAGGGGUCAGAGGAAUGGCCGUCAUCCGCGAGGGGAGGAGGGGCUCUCUACCAACCACCUGGAGUGGUGGAGCUGCUGCCAGGGGCGUAGGGGCUCACUACUGGCCACCAGAACAUGGAGGGGUAUUCCAUCCACCAGAGGUCAGAGGACACACUGCUGUCCACCAGGGGAGGAGCGGCUGUCAUCUGCCAGAAGGUGGAGGAGUGGUCGAGGACCAGGCGAAGGUCUCAAGAGGUUUGGAAAGCCUGCCGGCAGGCGCGGCCAGUGAGGCAACGCUCCCCCCUUGGAAAGGAUGUACAUCAUGCUGGGGAUUCUCCAGCCUGAGGCAAAGGAGGGAGGAGCGUGACAAGGAGGAGGAUGGGUGCACACGGCCGGCCCCCAAUCGGGCUAAUCAGCCGAGGAGAGGGAUAAAGCCGGGAUUCAGCAGUUCGAGAGAGAGAGAGACACACGAUAAUGUGAACCUGCUACUUACUGAAGAAGAGAUGUACAGUCUGAUGGAGACCUUCAAGCAGUGCAAGAUCAUUCCAGAGUCGUGCCUGGUGUCCGAUGAACUCCUGCAAUACAGGCACUUUGUGACCAAGCAGCUCUUUGAAAGGGACUUGACUGAUGAGGAGGAAGAGGACGUUCUGGCCCAGUUUGCUGCUCUGGAUCCAGAUAAAAAGGGCCAGAUCGAGUGGUCUGACUUCCUCUACCAUGAGACACUUUCAGUAUUGCAGAAGUUCCGCACCGAGAACUCAUUGGUGAGAAUUCUCACAGCGAAGGAGAAGGAUCGGGCACGAGCCAUAUUCCAGAGUCUAGACCAGGACAAAGAUGGAAUCAUUACCAUCGGAGAAGCCAAACGGGCCCAGACCUCCUGGUUCCACAAGAUUAACAAAGAUUCACAGUCCUGCAACGUCAGACUUAUGGGACUGUCACUGUGUGCCCCUUUGUUCAAUACUGGUAUCAGCCAUGUUGGUCCAAUAUCUGAGAGCAGUCCAGCCAGUUCCAGCAGUGAGAGAAGCAGAGAUAAAGCCUUGGAGAAUGACAACAGACCAGUUACCUGGGACAACUUCCUGAGAGAGAGUGCCAUUUACAUCUUGGCUGCAAGACCCAACAGCUCAGCCAUGCACAUCCGUUUGCCGCUCUAACCGCGGCCCCAUAGCCUGAGACUUGCAGAGAGGCUGUAGAGAAUUUCCUUGGUCCGGAUUCAUGAGAAAGAAGUGCUGAGGACUAAACCCCGUCACCAUGAGAGCCAAAAACUAAAGAGUACACCACCAUAGUCAACAGACUGAACAAGCCAUCUACUGAUUCUUCCACUAAAGACAAAAUCGAUGCUCUUGAACAAUAGCACAUCUGUCACCACUAUAAAAUUGUGGUUUUAGGAGCUGUAUGCUUUUUUAAAAAAAAAACAUUUAAUUAAUCUAAAGAGAGCCUGUGGCUAAACGAGAGGGAGAAAACACUGUCACUCAUUAGCACAGAAAUUACGGCACCACAGCGUUUGCGUAUAGUGUUUUGUUGUACCAUUUCCGAAUUGUGGAUCUAGCCAAAUGAGUUAUAGGAUCGAUGUGAGAGCUGUGGUCAAAUCAUUGCUUAUCUAAUUUUACAGUCACCACAAAAUCUGAAUAUAUAUAGUGGGCAUCUAAGGUUCCACAUAGGAAUUAAAGAGAGAGAUGAUAUAUAUAGGCCUUUAUAUAUAUAUAUAUAUAUAUAUAUAUAUAUAUAUAUAUAUAUAUAUAUAUAUAUAUAUAUAUAUACAGUAUAUAUAUUAGUAUGUGUAUUUAUUCCCAUACCUGUGCUUUUUGUUUCUUUAACUCACUAGUUUCAUACGUAUUGUAUUUUACUGGAUUUGUAAAAGAUGUAACGCCUGUAAAGAUGGCAAAUGUACAAUCUUCCAAAAGACUUACUGUCAAAUGCUAAUUAAAAGGCAAGAGAGAGCAAAUACUUCACCCUCAAAUUGUUCAUGAUCAGGUUUCGAACUUACUGUCUGAACAAACUGACUCUUCCUUGUUUUUGCAAUAGAAUUUUGUGGAAUUUGCUUUUAGUUCUGGAGCAGACAAAAACACUUUCUAAUAUCUAAAACCGCUUUAUUGUUAGGCGUAAAACCAUGCACUCUCCUUUAAAAUGGCACCUCACUUUACACCUAUUAUAUCAAACUGUAUGAGGUUUAUGAAACAUAUAUUCCUGUUUAUAUGGUCUUAUGGUCUCCAUUAUUUAUUUGCUUGUGGAAAAUUCAUUCAUGUUGGAUCACUGAAGACAGAAAUUUCAAGGAAUUGUGCAAUACUCCAAGUUUUGCUGGUAGUGCUGGAAAUAAAUGCAUGACAUUAACUCAAAAAAUUA